AUGGUUCAUGAACGGUCGCUAUCUUCAGCAAUUCUAGACCAAACGGUAGAUUUACUUCUACAAGAAUUGAAUGCCAAUAUGGAACUCCUGAAAAACGAGAAGGCUAAGAAUCGGAGCAGGAAUUCUACUAGAAGUAGGGAGGUAUCGAUUGAAUUGAAUAAUAGCCCAGCUAUUGUUAGGGCAGUGCAUCCUUAUGAUCGUGAUUUUACGGUUAUUAAGCCAUUGUCAAGGGAUGUAGGCAUUGUAGAUAAGGCUUUGGAAAUUGGCGAUUAUGGAGUAGAUGUAACUUCAAUUGAUGACGCAACCCCUCCUAAAAGUGAGGAAGACAAUUCUCCCAGAAGGAAAUUAAGCUCUAAGGUUCUAGUAGAGGCGGAGCCAAGAGAUGACAAAUUCUCGUUAAAUCAAAGAAAUAUAUAUAUAUCCGCUUCGCCUGCUAAUACUAGAAAUCGAUUGGGAAGAAUCUCUGUGGAAAAAAUCGAUUAUGUCAGCAGUAGCCCUUCACCGUGUUCUCUCUCAUCCAAACCAGUUUUAUUGCUAGAGAAUCCCUCAAGAAUGACAAGCCCUACUACUAUUACGAGCCCUACUACUAUAACAACGGAUGAAUACCAUUCUGCAACUGAAUUGCAAAGUAGAACUCCUUCAAUGAACACUUUCACAGGUAACGAUACCGUGAACGCGUCUAGAUCGUCUUCCGUGGAAGACUUCGCUAUCUCUCGAGAUUUAACUAUUCAGAGCGCCCAGGCAAGUGUUAACAGCGGAAUUGACGCAGAUAUGACCUUAUCAGUCGAAGAACUAGGCACCAGUAGUAUGAGCAUUGUCUCUAAAAGUGCCUCAUAUAUGAAUGUGAGGCAUGAGAAUACGGAGUCGACUGAAGAUUUCCGUAUUGUUAGAAAGCCCGGUUCGAACAACGACCUCUUGAGUGCGCACGGGGUUCAUGAACCUGAACAGCAUGGGCAUUCAUGCAGUUCUGAUAGUGAUUGUGUCACCUUUUUGAAAACUACUGGUAAGGAUAUUGCUGCUUCGAAAAGCAUGUCAUCAAAAUCUCAGAAUUAUGAUGAUGUUGAAUCGCAGUUCUCCUCAUACCAAUCUAAGAACCCAGAGGACAGUGGAGGAUCUGAGAAGGAUUUCAAUACCAGCAAUGAUAAUUCUGAAUUUUCCAUAUCUUUAGAAUCUUCACAAAUUACUUCAUUGCCUGCCUUGGAUCUUCCUGAUCUGCCGAAGUUGGAAUCUUUUAUGGAUGAAUUUGAAUCUGAUAACUCAAGUAAUUCGAUUGCACCACCAAAGUCGCGGAAUGUAACAAACUAUUUGAGUAUCUGGCAUUAUCAGGAAAAUGAAAUGAAGGAAAAAAGUCUAUUAGAGGACAAUAUAUUUUCUGACACUGCUGUAAGCCUGCGCCAUUCAACAAUAAGCAGUGUUGGAUCCGAGCACCACAAUUCCUUUCCAUUCAGAUACAAGCGCGUUAGCAGUCCGAAGAUUUACCGUAACACUGGUCAAUGGAAGAAUCGUUGGGAAACUCUAUCAGGGUAUCAAGGCAAGGAAGAUGAGCUGGAUAAUGUCCUCAAAAAAAUACAACAUAGGUCAAGUGUUUUAGAUCCAAUGAGAAGAAAUUCUCUUUUAUCGAGAAAGAUUCAACAAGAAAUAUUGACUUCAGAGAGGAUAACAGCCCAUCACUGUCGUUCCAAGGAUAUUCGAGGUAGUGAUAGUAUAAAUUUCAGCGCGAUAAAUACAAGUGCUGACAAUGAUUCGAGCAUGAGAACCCAUGAUGGUAUCAAUUCUACAAAAGAGACUAUAACCGACGUUAGCCGUUUGAGGGAAAUAUCUACAACUCCAUUCUCACCUUUACUACCUGAGCUUAAUGUCGAAACCACAAACUCCACUGGUUUCCCGGAUUCUUCUCAUACCGAGGACCCAAUUUCGGGGAUUAAAUCUCGCUAUUCUUCAAGUCCAAGGCACGCUAAAGAUUUGCACUCUUUAUGGAGUUCCAGGAACAAUUCCAUUAAUUUGGAUAACGGUGAUAAUGCUGAAAUUAGGGCUAAGGUCAUAAACGACCUAAUAGCCGGUCGCGAACUAGAAGAAGACUCUACAACUCUCUCGCACAGUUAUAUUGUUGCAGAAGCCACAAUUGCAGUGAAAGAUGAUAAAUUGAAUGUUAGAAAAAUCGAAGCUAUGCAUGGUCUGGAAGCAGAUUUAUCCGAUUGUUUAGAUAAAAGUCUAUUGGGUUACAGGCCUGUCACUCCAGCUAAGGAUUCUAGGUCUAAUAAUGUCCCAGGACUGCCAGCCCUACCUUCGCAUAUUGAAUCGCCUUUUAAGGUGCUCAGAACAUCUAGAUUCCAGGAUUUGCCAAUUAGUAUCGGAAGCAGCCCUGUGAAGCGUCUGAAUCAAACAGAUUUUGAUUCUGUACAGGGUAACAAGGCCACUACUGUUCCUUCUAGUCUUUAUGGCCCCGGCGAAAACUUGCAGGAUCAUGGUCAACUAUUUAUUGCUGUUACAUCCCUCUCCAAUAUAAAACUUCCAAAUAUUGAACUUCAUAAGGCACAGUAUGCAGUCGAAUUUGACAAUGGUGAGAAUGUAGUUCAAACUGCUUGGCAACCUUUAACUCAUGGUGACAUGCUCAAAAUAAAUCACGAUUGCUCAAUAGUUGUUACUGAUGACAUGCAGCCAGACAUUACUAUUACUAUUAAAUGUCGAUAUUUGAAUAUUUCAGAGCAACAAAAGUCAGUAAGUGAAAUUGUGCCAGUAAAGCACAGAUUCGGGGUCUUCCGUAAAUCUAAGUUUAAGCAUGUAAAGGAGGUUGUGACGAUGCCAGCCAAACAUGACCAGUGGGAUUAUAAAGUUGCCCGAGAUGGGUCCUUUGGGAGGUUUAAACUGCAUUUAAGCAAGGAGCUAAUGAAAGAUAUUUAUAACAGGAAAGAAGUUUAUCAAUGGGAUCUGGUUAAUGAAUGGGAAAGGGAAAUUCCAACAAGUAAAACAGCUGAUAUCAAGGGUGUUUGGGAAUUGCCCAGAAUACAACCAUAUGUCGUGGGUUCUAUUACCGCCGAAUUGAGCUAUCUUCCUCGUUACUCGCAAAUGGACAAGUUUCCAAAAUCACUGAAAACUGUGCAAGAAAUUCUCAGCAAAUAUCGAGAGCAACAGUCAAUAUCUCAUGAGAGUUUUAUGUGGCAAGAAGGUGGUGACAGUGAAGCCUUAACAAGGCGUUAUUUCAAAUUGACUGGUACCAAGUUAAUAGCUCAUCAUGAAAUCUCUAGAAAGCCUCGAGCCAUGUUCAAUUUGAUGAAGGCAAGCAGUACAGCACUUGUGGAUGGUCCAAAUGAUAGCUCCGCAAUAACGGUUGAAAGUGCGUUUAAGGACAGAGACGUUUUCGGACAGUGUUUAAUGCUGCGAUUCGAAAAUGGAGAAGUAAUACAAUUUUAUUUCGAAACAAAGGACGAUGAGAUUAAAUGGACAGAAAAACUAAACCAAAUUAUACAACUUAAUAAUUUUAACCAGCCCUGGGUAAGGCGUUACAUUCGUUAUGAGGAACAGCAACAACUGGAAGUUGAUACGUAA